AAGUAUUUUUGCUUUCUGCCCAGUUUCAAGGCAGUAAGGGCUAGUACUCGACGACAAAUCUGCCGUUCCUAGUGAAGAAGCCCAUCUAAGGAUUCAGAGCAAGACGUUGAAGAACAACAGGAAGACAUCAUGAAGUUUGCUGCUUUGGCUGUACUGCUGUUGGCGGCUGUCGUGAGCUCGACGCCUGUCAGGCAUAGCACUCCCCUAAAAAAGCUCAAGUUGAUGAGUCGAUCCAGUGUUUCCUGGGAGAGUGGAGUGCCACGGGUUCACCAUGAGGUAGUUGAGCAGACCCACAACCCGCCGUCCAGGGCUAGCAGGCCUGUCGGCAAUACCGUCAGUUCGUCACAGGCAGCUCAUUUGCUGUGGCAUCAGCAUGAGGAGGCUGCUAUUUACAACUAUGUGGCCAUCUCAACACAAGGGUAUGUGGCUGCUUCCACAUGGCUCAACCCACCGGAGAUGGUUGAAGUCUACAAGAUCAAGGGUGACGCUGUAACGCGCAAGACGGCUACUGUCGAUGAGAACCACGAUGGCUCGUCUGACAUUGUGGCCAUGUCCCGGGACUCGACUGUCUGCGUCGGGAUGGUGAACUAUCGCUCUAACUUCUCCACUGCUCUUUACGUUUGGGAUCUUCAAAACCCGUCGACAAAGCCCGAAUGGCACCACAUGGAGUCGGGCACGAUUGGCGUCGGAACGGCAGUGUCCGCAGACGGCUCACUCAUUGCCCUACAGUACCUGGACGACAUCAGCUACCUCAGGCCGAAUGCUAUGGGCAUCUCCUUUCUCAGCAACACUGGUGAGGUGCUAUCACGCUAUCAAGGAAGGGAGCUGGAGACACCCCUGGUCUUCGGUAUGAGCUCAGAUGGCCACUACGUUGCCUAUGUCAGUCAACUGGUCGUGGGAGAAAAGAGAGAGCUCAACUUGACUGUCGUGGAGUACGUCAAGGGCGAGAAGAGAGUUGGCCAGAGAUUCACCAUGCCAAUCACGGCCUUCUCGCAGCACCUCGCCGUCUCCGCGUCCGGAGAGUACAUCGCCAUGUCGGGACUCGUCGACGAGAAGCUGAGCCUGGCCGUGUACCACAAGAGUGCUGGAGACAAGCUGGCCUACACCGACCAUGCUCUGCCGGUGCCGGAAGGUUUCUUCCUGAUCAACCUGGCCUUCUCGCCAGAGGGCUAUCAUCUGGCCACCACCUGGGCAGCGCGCACGCUGCACCAGAACGCCCUGGUGGCGUACGACCUGCCCGCGCAGAAGGACGUCUACAGCUACAUGUACCCGGUCGACACUGGCGACAAGCUGGAGGACGAGCCUGCCUCCGUGGCCAUCUCCUCCAAUGGCGAAUACAUUGCCGUUGGCUCCUGGGGAACACUGAACGAAACUGCUGGUUCAGAGCAAAUCCAGGUGUUCAAGGUUGGAGAGAAGGAGCCAAUCCUGAAGGAGUUCACUCCCGGAUCUAUGUUUGCUGUUGACAUCAUGAAGAACACUGAAGGUGUGUACGUCGUUGCAGGCGGAAAGUCUACACAAGCCAAUGUGAUGGGAAAUGGCGGCGACCUGUACGUGUACGAGAUCGCUGCGGCUCAACAGCAGACACCAUCGAAGACGAAACCCGAAGAUCUGAAAACUCUGGUCAAUGAUCCUGACUUGAUCGACAGCGUUAACAAGGAGAAUGUUGGUUGGAAAGCCGGUCCACAGAAGCAAUUUGAAGGAAUGAAGCUCGAUGAUGUGCGUGGAUUGUUUGGAACGAAGCUGAUGAACAUGGAGUCCAUCUCCAAACUGCCCAGCAACCCAGAGCAUGCCAAGGCCCUGCCAGAGUCGUUUGAUUCUCGUAAACAGUGGAAGGGCUGCGUUCAUCCCAUUCGCAAUCAGGGCCACUGCGGCUCAUGCUGGGCAUUCUCUGCCACUGAAUCGCUGUCUGACCGUCUGUGCAUUGCUUCCGAGAGCAAGGUCAAUGUAGUCUUAUCCCCGGAGUACUUGGUGGAGUGCGACACUACCUGCCAUGGCUGUGGUGGUGGCUGGCUGAUCCCAGCCUGGGACUUCAUGGAGACGAAGGGCGUUCCGAUCGACGCUUGCUACCCCUAUGCUGCAUUCAACGGCUCAGCCGGUCAUUGCCAGCCAAGGUGUACAGCCAAGACUACCGAAUCAUUCAAGCGAUACAAGGCCAAGCCCAAGAGCACACAAGUGUUCAAGACCGUGGAAGAGAUGCAGGAGAGCAUCAUGAAGUACGGACCAAUUCAAGCUGGCUUCACCGUCUUCAGCGACUUCAUGACCUACAAGAGUGGCGUGUACAAGCACACAGCCGGAUUUGUUCUAGGUGGUCACGGCAUCAAGAUUGUCGGAUGGGGCGUGCAGCCAACCACCGAGGAAAAGUAUUGGAUCGUGGCCAACUCCUGGGGCUCUGACUGGGGUGAACUCGGCGGCUACUUCUGGUUUGAGCGUGGCACUGACCAGUGCUUGAUGGAGAGCAACUCCUGCGCAGGUCUGGCCGACGUCACUACCUUUGCCUAAAUACUUCAUUUUCCCUGGUGCUCAGUGAUACGUACAUGUAGAUCACUGUGACGUCUAGUGCUGAGGUAUCAUUGCUGAUUAUCCCAAUUAUUUUCCUAUCAAUGAUUCAAAUUUCACCUUUUCAACAGGGAAGAAAUGCUUUGCGCUCUUUUCUUCAGUGAGGAUCAGAGGAAGUCUCACACUCCUGUGCAAUGUAUUUAUUACUAAGUACUUCAAAGUACUUUUCUUGUGAUUGCGCUCUCUCUCUCUCUCUCUCUCUCUCUCUCUCUCUCUCUCUCUCUCUCUCUCUCUCUCUCUCUCAAUGCUGCAUGCCUGCAUCAGAUCUUGCCUUCUCUGAAGACAACAGUGCAAGUUUGCUCUUCGUAUCCAUGCUGGAGAAAUGGAUUUACCACCACCAUUCUCUUUCAGCCACCGUUUGGGUUUGUCAUUGUACAGGCAUUUUA